AAGUAUAAAAUCGGUCGAAACAACUCCGGGCUUACAAAUCUGUUUUGUUGAGUUGAAAUAUCCGGUAAAACAAGACAUUUUAGCCUUAAUAUUGCUGGAAGGUGCAGGCAUCUUUGCAGAGAAUUUUAAGUUGCGACUCAGGUCUGUUUUUGUAUUUAUCAACGCCGUUACUUGCCAUCAACAAAUUGUAAACAUGAAGAGUCUGGCGAUCGUAGCUUUCCUCACCGCUCUGUUGGUCGUGACUUUUGCAAAACCAGCAGAAAAACAGGACGAGCAUCAAAGUGACAGAGUGAAAGACACAAAACUUAGUGACGAGGCUCAUUUUGAAGGAAAGGAACAUAACGUUGAUUAUGACCACGAAGCUUUCCUUGGUGAAGAUGAAGCGAAAACAUUUAAAGACCUCAGUCCAGAGGAAAGCAGAAAAAGACUUGGUGUGAUCGUAGAUAAAAUUGAUACUGACAAUGACGGCUUUGUCACUGAAGAAGAAUUGAAGACGUGGAUUGAACAUCAACAAAAUAAGUACGCCCAUAACGACGCAGAAAUUCACUGGGAAAAUCGUAACCAAAUCCCUGAUGAUAUAAUGUCCUGGGCCGAGUACAAUGCCACUACUUAUAGUAGCCGAUCUGAGGAGGAGUUGAACCAGAUGCCUGAGAGCGAACACAUGGACUUCACCAAGAUGAUCCGUAGAGACAAAGCUCGCUGGAACGCCGCCGACGAGAAUAAUGACAACCUCCUGUCCAGGGAUGAGUUCACCGCUUUCCUCCAUCCCGAGAACUUUGAGAGGAUGAGGGAUAUCGUUAUUCAGGAGACGCUUGAAGAUGUGGAUAAGAACGGUGAUGGGCAGAUCUCGCUUGCUGAGUACAUCGGUGAUAUGUACAAGGAGAACAACGAGGGCGCUGAUGAACCCGAAUGGGUGAAGACGGAGCGCGAGCAAUUCAGUCAGUUCCGAGACAAGAAUAAGGAUGGUUUCAUGGACCUCCAGGAGGUCGGAGAGUGGAUUCUACCCACGGACUACGACCACAUGGAAGCCGAAGCAAAACAUCUUAUUUACGAGUCAGAUAAGAACAAGGACAAGAAGCUAACGAAGGCAGAGAUAGUUGACAAGUACGACCUCUUCGUCGGAAGCCAGGCCACUAACUACGGAGAAAGUCUUCAACGACACGAUGAGUUUUAGACGCAACCCUAACAGUUUGAGCCCAAAUAUCUCAAGGGGGGAUAGCGUUCUACUCAACAGGAAUGCAGCUUAUCAGCUGAUUCCCUCAAUUAACAAAGACAACAAGUGCCAAAGAAAACUGGGGGGGAAAAAACUGUACACAGAUUCUUCUACUAUUUCAUGUAUGGCUACUUUCAAAACCACGCCUUGGGCUCUGUUUCUUGUUCCAGCUCUGGCUCUGGCUCCCGCUCUUGUUUUGGAUCCGGCUUUGGCUUUGUCUCCGGCUUGGGCACCGUCUGCAGUUUGAAUUCAAUUACCGAAAGUGUACAUUUGCAAAAAGUACUGACGGAGCACAAAUCUGAGCUUUAAAAGCUGAAGGCGUGGUUUUAACGGCCGCCCAACCCUGAGGCUGCCAUUAUUUUUUUUAUCUAACAUUGAAAAAUCUAAAAACGACUUUCAAAGUUUGAUUUGAUUUGCUUGUGAUAGAGCAAAAACAUUAUGAUUGAAAACUAUUUUUGUAGGUUUAAUACAGCAUAAACCAUUUGGGCGUGAUUGCGUUAGUAUUUUGUUCAGCAAGAUUGCUUUCGAUCAGCCCUCGACCAUUUAAGGACAAUACUCAUGAAAACUUUAACAAAAUAACUUUAAGUAUUGAUAAAACCAUCAGCAUGGGCUCAACAUUCAUUUGUGGUUUUAUAAUUUAUUAGAUCGUGGUGCUAUUUUUAAUAAUAAUAAUGUAUGCAAAUAACGUUUCGAACUCAUGACCCAAGUAAUAUAAUGUAGAUGAGCUUAGACUUGUUUUUUUUUGUUCCUACCAUUUUAGCGUCAAGUAGUUUAAAGUAGUCUCCUUAGUCAUAAGUGUUUAACACCUCUUUCAUAAUGAAAUACGUUUUGUGCGCUGUACCAUAUAAAUUUCAAACUCAUGUUUUGUAAAAAUUGUUUUUUUGAGAAAACCUUAAUGUUAACAAAGACUAAGUAUUGUGUGAUGCCUUUUUUUCCAUUAGUAUGUCUGAUAGAUGUGUUUUUUAAUAAGAACUAACUGCAUAGUCAAUAGAUGAUGUGACCUGUGACAUCACAUGUUUACAGCCUAUUGGAAGAAAACAUAAAAUCUUAUGUUAUGGAGAUUGCACUGUCUUAUUCGUAUCAAAAUGCCAUUUCCCUCUCUCUCAAGUUACUGCAAAUGUACUCAUGAUUUUGUAUCCAUGGUUAAGGCAGGGCUCAUGUGAAGAUGCAAAUUUGUCCCACAUUACUUCUGGGAGCAUUUGAAUAUAUGAAUAUUCAGUUAUUGGCACGGUCCUAUCAUAGGUGAAUGAUUCGAACUGACCCUGAUGUACCUAAUGCACAAUAAAGAUUUUUUAAAGUACAUUUA